GUGAGUCCUAUACUGUAUUGCAGUAUUCAAUUGAAUGCAUAGAGAAUUGCAUAGCAUUUGAAAACAUAUCAAAAACUAUUACGACAUUCAAUACAAUCACUGAUUGAAUGCUAAACACAAUAACAAUAAUAACAACAAAUUUAGUGCUCAUUUGCGUUGACUUUUGGAUUGCAUAUCAUUAGCCAAACCUCGCAGUGAUUUGUGGCCAUAAUUGGCGAGUGAUAUGAAGAAGUGGUGAAUCGGUUGACACAAAGACAUGAACGCAGACAACGAUAAGCCGUUUGAGUGCAGGGAAAGGGGAUGUGCUAUGAAGUUCUCAAACGUGGAUCACCUGACAGUUCACCAGAAGAGGCACGAAAUGAAGCUGAAGUUCUCGUUGUCGUCGGCGUCGGUGGCCAUCGCCGACCAAACGCCCACUCCGUCCAGGAUUUUGGGCAACUUUCUGCAGAACUGGGAAGCGGUUGGACUCAACUCAGAGAUACAGGAGAUCACGAAUUUGACGCCAAUUCUGAACGACACGAAUCACACGAAGACCGCCGAUGACAACAACAAAGACAACACCAAUACCUGUAACUCGAAAUCGAGUUCAGCUGACAAUCCAUUCGCGCAGUCCUUUCAAAAGGCACUCAAAGACAACAAUAACUUAAAUAUUCCCGAAAUAUCGCGGAUUAUGACGACCUCGACGUCCGACUCACCCCUCAAUACGCCGUCGAUAUUCCCGAACGAAGGGCUGAUGGCUAUCGUGAACGCAGCCCUCAAUACACCCGACCAUGACUUCCAUUUCACAAACACAGACAAAGUGGACACCAGUUCCGCAGAUUCAGUGGUCAGUGAAGUGAUGGCCGGUUGCGAGCAAACAAAGACAUUGCGUGUCGACCCUAAGAAUGCCGUUAAGGGUCAGCGCUUCCAAGCGGUUCCAGUGAUCCGAACGGCAAACACUAAUAACAAUAUAACGAUCACGUCUUCGGUACCAAAUAUCGUUAUCUCUCAACCGAACCAUAAAAUCAUUAAAACCCUAAACACAACAAAACUACGGACUGUUCCGAUGGCACAGACGACCUCUAAAACGACUGCAAUAAUUGCCCCCAAAAUCAAAGAGUCUUCGCUUACGAUCGCAAACAAUAAUAACUCUCUCUAUAAAGUGAUUCUUAAGCUCCCGGACGGCCGAUCAGUUCAGUUGCCUUUAAUCCAAACGCCAAUCACUCAGACAUCACUUCAGCCCACAGUCACCGACAAAACCAAUGAUUUGAAUGCCAUCACAAACCACGAGUCGUUGACCAUCGGAGCGAUCACUUCCAGCUCUAGUCACGCAAAUCAAAGCAAUGCUCUGUCGAGCCUUCAGAGCAAAGUUGACGCCACUCUGGCAUCGCUGCCACCGAAGGCUAAACCCGGCCGUAAGAGUAAGUUCGCGCCCGAAGAGGACCCCAAAGAGAAGAAGGCCCGCUCUCUCGAGCGCAACAGAGCCGCAGCCAUGAGGUGUCGACUCAAACGCAAACAUUGGAUCGAUUCGCUCGAAGAGAAGGCCGACGAGUACGAGAAGAUCAACGAAAAGCUUCAAAGCGAAGUCGUGGCCCUCAGACGAGAAGUGACUCUCUUGAAGACCGCACUUCUCGCUCAUAAGGACUGUCCGGUCACUCAACAGCAACAGCAGCAAAAAGUGACAAAUGGUUCGUUGGUUUCGUAA